UGUAGUGAUUUUACCGAUUAUUUUACUUCAGUUGCCAAUGUAAAGAUGGCCACCAGUUUAGCAGCACAGCUGAAACGUUUGGCUGCGCCCCAAACGUCGGCGCAGCAGGAUUUUCGCAAGAGCGCAUCGAUUCUGUUCGACGCCAAGGAAGCGGCAUCCAAAGAUCGGGAAGUAAUAUUCGAUAUUGGCGUGAGUGGGCUGGAGGAGCUGAUACAAAUGCAUGGUGCAUUUGCCCAGUUCGAGGACACGCUGUUCGACAAGAAAUCAAUCGAUUUGCAGCGCUCCGUCGAAAAUCAGGUGGUGAACGAAAAGCUUGACAAUAACAUCAAAAAGUUUUUCUACCACCUUUCGCCCUACUUUAUGCUGCAGCCGGCACACAAGUGCCUGGAAUGGUUGAUACGUCGGUUCGAGAUCCACAAGUACAAUCGGGUUGAAUUUGUGCAUCUCAUACUGCCGUACCAUGAGACGCGCAUUUUCGUCCGCUGUGUGCAAACAAUGCAGGUGGAGGAGUAUAAUGAUAAGCUAGCGUUUCUGGCUGCGGUCGGCAAGUCGGGUGUACCACCGUCCAAGCGUACCAUCAUUGACCAUUGCAUUAGGCAUCCGACGUUUUUGAAGACGUAUGGAAAGUUUGUUAGCAGUGCGGUGUUGGAACUGGGAAGCAAAGCGAAUGCGCUGCAGGCAACUUUUGCCUUCUACAGCACAACAACCUUGGGCAUGCUUCAUAGCGUGGAAACUGUGACGGAAAACCAAGUUGUAGCGGUGCUGAAUACUGUCGGCAAAGGACUCACAUCGAGAGCGAUCGAUUUUGCUGCCGGUGCGUUCAUGAUUGUCGGACAGAUGGUAGUGAAAACGAACCUGGCGGAAACGACGAUCGAGUAUCUGAUUCGACGUGUUUGUGGCGUUCAGCAUCCGGCAUUAACUACCGAAGCGACCAUGCUGCUGGUACUGAUCUUCCAAACGCAGCACGAACGGAUGGUUUCGAUUUCGAAGGAGCUGAUGGAUGAAAUUACACGCUGCAAAUGGCUUACGCCGACACUGUGCACGGUAAAGUCGGACGGUGUCGAUGUGAUUGUGCUGUAUCGUAAGCUGCUGGAGAAGUGUUUGUAUGAAAUAUGUUGCACGACGGGAUCGUUGGCCGAGUACAGCAACUUUUGCGAACAUUUGAUGCUGGAAAUUCAACUGACCGACGAGGAGGCGGAAGAUGUGAUUCAGUGUGUGUUGGAUUCUUAUUUUCACAAGGGUGACCAAUCGGGUAAAGCAUAUAAACCACCAGCAAAAACCGUACAAGACGGAGACACGAUCGAUUUAGACACGGACGAAGAAGAUUACGAGCAGAAGGAUCAAAAUGUGAUCAAAUGGUACUCGGAUUUUUUGAAAAGCUUUGAACGCCAGUACCCAGUCGCAUUCGAUAAGGUUGUGAAGCGUGUCAUGAAGGGCCAAUAUUCACACAAAAAGCGUAAUGCGUUGCGAAAUGUGUUAGGAUUCCUUCUGCAAGCGUCGUACAACGAGAACGAAACAAGUGUGUUCGAAAAUCUCUUCCACUACGAUGCCGAGCGGCGUAAGCACGCGGUUGAAUAUCUGGUCAAAAAUAUGCGCAUCAUAAAGCUAAAGAGCCGUGGCAAGAUGGAUCUGCUGCGGGACAGUGUGCGGGAGAGGCUGGAAGACGACAGCAACGAGGUAGUUGCGGAACUGCUUAAAAUUGAUCCUACCGAGCUGGUGAAUGUGGUCGGUGCGGAAGAGUUGAUCAGCAAACUGAGCAGUCUCGUGCUGAAAUGUGCCGCCAAUCAGACGCGCUGGAAAUCGGUUACGCCACGCCUAAUCGAACUGUUAACGGACGAGCGUAUUUACAGUGCGGUCGAUAUGAUCCGUGUCGUCGUUACGCUCUAUCCACUGUUGUUCCCUCUUGGAGAUGAUCCUGUUGGGAAGCAAAAUGCUGCCAGUUUACUAUCGUCCACCUUUGGCCGGCAAUAUCUGGUGUCACAGUUUUAUGGCAAUGAGGCAAACUGCAACCUGAUACUGGACAUUCUACAGAAUGCCGGUCAAAGCACGAACCCGAUACAGGUAUGCUUCAACAUUUUGCUCCUCUCGUCUGCAUUGCCCACACCGUGCUCUGUCGAGCAGGCGGACCGCGUACUGGAUUAUGCGGUGAAGCAGCUAACAAACCAUCGGUUCCGUUACGCACACACGUCGGACAUUCAGUGUUUGCGGGAGAACAAACUGCCCCAGGAUCUGAUUACGAUUCCGAUACGUUACAUCAUCGAGCGGGUGACGUUUGAUCCGAUCGUUGAAAUGAACUUCGAGCGGCAAAGUGUCUCAUUGAAGCUUCGGUUGCGGAUAUUUAACGAACUGCUGGAAAAGUACUGUACGAUCGAUGUGAAGCACGAUCAGCUUCGUACGAUUUUCCGGGAUUUGCUCAAAAACUAUCUAACCCGGCUUUAUCCACAGCUGGAGGAUAGAAUAGAAUUUCUGUCCCACUUUUACACCGUACAUUUGAUCGAAUCGACUGCACAUGAUCAAACGUUCAAUUUCCUGAUCAGUCCCGCCUUUCAAAUCCGUUGCCAGCGUCUACUAAACUCCAUUCUGGAACAGUUGAAUGGCACGACGGACUGCAAGAUAACGAGCAACUCCUUCAUCAAUAUCGUACUUUCGCUCACAUCCGAAUCGAUGGUGGUUCGCGAGUGUGGCCUCAAAACGAUCGAGCUUAUCGUUGAGCUAAGGAAGGCGAACGGUCUGUCGAAGGCGUUGAAUAGCUUCCUGCAGAAGCUGUUCGAUCGGCGCGAAGAACUUACCAUGGACAGUGAGCAACUUUCGUUGGUGGUGUUUACGAUCUUCUUCGUGGAAGAUGCGAAACCGUUAAAGCCAACGAUCGAAUGCUUUGUCGCACGUACCGCGGACCCUAGCACACCCACCUACAUCGUGUGCGGUAUAAUGGACUUUAUGAAGCUGCUUGACGAUCCACUUGUGUUGGUCAAUUCAGCCUCCAAGGGUGUAAGCAUUGUGGAGCGUGUCAACAACGGCAAAGAUCAUGUACUGUUCGAUGUGUACGAAUCGAAGCUGUUGCAAUUGCUGAUCGGACGCUUCAAUGUGGACAUAAGCGAGCAUCUAGCGACGAAUGAAAUCUGCCAGCGGCUGGUAACAUUAACGUUGGCUUGCGACAAACCCUUGGUGUUGCCGUUGGAACGGAAAAUCUACACUCCGGCCAUUAUGAUGAUUGAAGCACUCGGCGGAGAAUUGUUUGAAACACUUCCCAAACCGUACACAAAGCAACUUCUCCAGUGUAUCGUUGAAGCAGCAACACUCUCGGAUCAUCCGGAAACAAACUCUGCAACGGCGAAACUGUUCAAAAACAAUAUCAUCAAUGCGGAAUUGGUGGUUGAUAUGCUGGCCGCUAUGUACGAUGGGCGGGCACAGGAAUCGAUCAGCAAACGGAACGAGAAGAGUAAAACGGGUCGUAAAUCCAUCAUUUCCGUAGCUCCGUCCGAACAGGUACUUUCGUCGAAAGUGUGGAAGUGUGGUGUAACACUGCUGGAGUAUUUACAAAACAAGAAAAAGCUAGAAAAUGCUCAUCUGCUCGUACCGAAGCUGUUCGAGUGUCUUAAAUAUUGUCUCGAUUUCGAGGAACAAUCGGCAGUUGAGUACGUCAAACAAAUCAUACUGUCUUUGCUGCUGUACUGCAUCCAGAAGGUGGAACAGUUGGAAAGUGACAAGGCCGGAGACGUAUCACCCUUCGUAAAAGCUAGCAGCAUGUUUAAGGUCGAACAGAUUGUUCAGUGCAUUCGGGGCACACAAAACCCACAAACGCAUCACCACGCGCUUUUGCUACUGGCACACGUGGCACGCUACGUACCGGAACAGGUGCUGCACAACAUGAUGGAAAUCUUCACGUUCGUUGGUUCAUCAAUUGUCCGGCAGGAUGAUGCUUACAGCUUCCAGAUCAUAUCGAAAAUAAUUGAAACGAUCAUACCAACGAUCGCACUAGGCGGAGCAGAGUCCGGUACUACCUCUGCCGACCAGCAGAUGGAGCAGGUUAUUCCAAUUUUAAAAAUCUUUUCCGACAUCAUACUGGAUGUGCCGGAGCAUCGGCGUAUCCUGCUCUACGUGAAGCUACUGCAAACGCUCGGUGCGGCACAGUAUCUGUGGGUGUUUCUGGGCGUGCUGAUCGAAUCGGACGUUAUGAAGGGUGGACAAAAGGCGGAAAAGCGUAAUGCAGCUAAAUCGCGUGCUGAAACUGAGUUAUCCUUAAGCGAGCUGUCGAAGCGAAUGGAAGUUGCACUGCUAAUAGCGAGCGAGUUCGAACCAACCGUCAUCAUCCAGACGUGCACGAAUCUGAUCGAUUAUCUGCGCGAUCUGCCGAUGGAGAUCGAAAAGCGCAAGGGUGAGGCAGAGCUGAUAAUGGAGGUGGAUGCGGUUGAUUCGACAAUUUUCAACGUGAAAACGCACAACGGUCGACAGUUGAAGCAUUUCAAGUACUCGCUGGUACAGUUUGUCGCCGGGCUACUGUCGUCGGUAUUUGUAAUUAACAAAAUCGCUCAACUAACGGAGCAGGAAACGUUGGGCAUGAAGAAGUACUACCAAAACCUUAUCGUUGGUAUAUUAACGUACGUGAAUGCGGUCUCCAAAAUGCUCGACAGGCUGAAGGAGGAAGGUUCGGAUGAAAAGAUACCCCUCUACUGGCGGGCCAUGCUGAAUAACUGCUACGACAUAUUGGAAAGUACAAUCUCGCUACUGUCCGCUGAUACGUUGAUUAUCGUCGUGAAUGGAUUGCUAAGCCAUCGGUUUUUGAUGGUGCGCCGCAAGGUGAUUGAACUGCUCAACAACAAGCUACAGUACAAGCAGGAUUACUUCAAUGCAACCCAUUUCCCGGGGCUGCUUAAUCUGUUCGAUCCACUGAUGGCGCUGGUGAAGAAGAUGCACGAGGAAGAGAACGUUGUCGGGACGUCGUUCGAGCGCAUGGUAAUUGUACAGCUGAGCUACAUAGCGGUGCGCCAUCUCUCAAAGAUACUGACGCAGCACGACACCAAGAAGGUGCAGUCGGUGUUGGCCGUGCUGAUGAAGGAGUUGCAGGGCUACAAGAAACACUCCAACACGCAGAUACUGUCCUCGCUGAUCCUCUGCAUCGGUGAGCUGUGCAGUAACCUUGGACCGUACUCGAUCAACUUCCUGCCCCAGUUUAUGCCGAUGGUGAGCAAGUUUCUUAACGCUCAGCUACAAACGCGCGAACCGUUCGACAUUCUUACCUCCAGUAUUGUGCUGCUGACGGUGAAGAUUGUCGAUACGCUGGCACGAUUCAUUUCACCGUACCUGUGCGAUAUGCUGGUAGGCCUAACGAAGCUGUACGCGAUGAUCGAGCAAAAGAACGAUCCACGAUUGGCGAAUAUGAUGUCACGGUUGGGGAUGAUUUGGGACAAUCUUUCGAAUACGAUUUCACCGCGAGUUCUACUGCCAACGAUCGAGGAAACUUACCAUACGCUCGUUAAAGCCGGUGAGCUUACCGCCGUCGGACCACUGAUGGCACUACUCUCGACCAUGUUUAGUGGUAUGAAGUCGAGCAACUUUGCCACGAUUCGAAGCGAAGUGACGGACCUCUUCCUGACGGCUCUCCAGUUUCGGUGUUACAAUUCAUCCACAAACAAGUUUACGCUCGCAGCAAUCGAUGCGGCCGAAGCGCACGUUAUCAAGGCGUUUGUGGUGUUGAUACUGAAGCUGUCGGAAAGUACGUUCCGGCCACUGUUUUACCAAGUGUUCGAAUGGUCCAUCCGCGAAACGGCCAGCAAUGACCGAGCAAUAACGUUCUUCAAUUUGUGCUGCCACGUGGCGGAAGCGCUUAAGUCACUGUUCGUGCUGUUUGCCAGCGAUCUGAUAGCGAUUGCUGUCAAGCUGCUGAACGCAACGAAUGCGGCCAAGGUCGACGGAACAGAGGUGAAGGAGCUGCAUUUCGAGGUGGAAUCGAAAAACGUGACAUUGCUUCGCUACGUACUGAAGACGCUGUACUGCAUCGUGCUGUACGACAAUCAGAAUUUUAUCAAUGCGGUACGGUUCGAUAUGCUGCUCGGACCGGUUACGGACCAUCUGGAGAAUGAGCUUAUUAUCGGCGAGCAAGAAAUUCGCACCCUGGUAAUAGACGUUCUCGCACAGAUGGCUGUCGCGGUGAUGGAUGAUUCGCUGUGGCGUCAGCUAAAUUAUCAGGUGCUGAUGAAAACACGUAACAACGAUGCACAAGUCAGAUUAUUCGCACUGGAGGCAGGCACAGAAAUAGCGCGUAAGCUGGGCGAAAGUUACGCGCCGCUGCUACCGGAAACUAUACCCUUCCUGGCGGAACUGAUGGAAGACGAUAAUGAGGACGUUGAGAAAGCGGUGCACCAUUCAUGCCGUGAAAUUGGCCGUGCAACCGGUGAAGAUUUGCAGAAAUACUUCUAAAAGUAUAGA